CCAAACCUGAAUUUUUACCCCACUGUACAAACAGACGUAUAAUUCUACCAACUGGGUCAUUCAUAUUUUCGACAUUAUGACUGUAUUUGCCGCAAUCUUGUGAUUGAUUGGUACCUUUCAACUUGAAGAAAAUAUAAAUGACAAAGUUUUAGGAAUUGGGAAUCAGACUCAGCCCACAAUUCAGGAACUCUUUCCUUUUCUUAAUUCCUGAUGGGAAUUGAUGGAUGUUGUAUUUAGAUUGCAUAGAGGCUGAAAUUGGUCCAAAAAUUCUGUCCUCAUUUUCUCUACCUUCCCUUUCUGGUUGGUAUUGCCUCUGCCCUUUUUUCUUUUGCUCUUUUCCUCCCCAGAAACUGAAAAUAUAUUCUAAAAGCUUUUUUCAAUAUACUAUUUGUCAAUUGGCCAACCAAUUGGCACAGAAUUUAUAUAUAUAUAUAAUACUUGUCCUCAUUUAGUCUGUUUGUCUCCAGUCUGCAAACUCAUGUGGCUCUGAUUCUCACAAGAUUCAUUCAGGCAAUUUCACUACUCCUCCACCUCCUUCUUCCUUUUCUAUAUUUGCUUCUGCAAAUUUUCUAAUUCACUGACCCUCCUGAUUUUGAUUCUGUUAAUAACAUGGGAUUAUUGUGGUAAAAUCUCUUUAAGAAUAAAGGUAACUUCUUUAUCAUCAAUACUUGAGCAUUAAUAGUUUGAUGAUUCUCUGGGAUAAUCAAUUAAUUGCUAGUGUCACUGGUAGACUAGUUUUUAUGGGCAGAACAUAAAUAAUACUAUAUAUAUACCUAACCAAUUUGGUGGACUUUUUGUUUACCCGUUCCCUUUCAGCGAAUCUUCUUCGCUUGGUCCUUUUUACUGUUUUUUUAACCCAUUUCUAAGGAAUACGAACUAACUCUAUUGAUUCCAUAUCAAUUACAGAUUUGGGAGUGACGAGUUGGGCUUGUUUUUUAUUCGCUUAUCUUUUGGCUGCUGUUCUCAUCUUGGUUCAGUGAAGAAGAACCAGACACGGUAAAGUUUUAAACAUCACUACCUAUCUCGAUUUAUUUAGCAUUGAUUGUUGCUGGAUUCUUGUUUGUUGAACGGAUUUAAGUUUAUCAUCUAUUGUAUUGGAGUAGUGAACAGGCGUGCCACCAUGUGCUUUCUGCAUCAGAACUUGUAGUCUUGUUCUGAUUAAAAAAAGGUGGCAAAUUUAUCGUACCCAUCAGCUGAAAUCUGGCUCUGUUGAGAGAAAUUUGGCAACCUUUUUUUGUGUUCGUGAAUGUUUGAUAUAAGUACUCAAGAGUUUGUUCAGACUAGUAAAUCCUGUUAAAUCGAUUAGAUCAAAUAGAGAUUAUUCCUUUAAGGUACAAUUAAGUAUGCUGUGAGACACGUUAUAGUUUCAACCAAGAAGAUGUAGAGUUUGCUGUUUGUUUUAGUUGAAAACUGGUAUCUUCAUUCAUGUUAUUCUGUUUGUUCGAUUGUUAGUUGUCUCUGCUGCCUUCUCAAUUCAGCCUGGUCCUUGUGGUCUUUUAUUGCCUUGGGAGAAUGUUGCAUUUCCAUUUUCCAGUAGAGGGUGAAUGUUACUUAUUCUCAUGUGCCUACUAUAUCUGCAAACUACCUCCUUUUCCUACGGCUUCUUCUGAAAUAGUUUCUCAGAAUAGUCCUUUUUCAUAGUCGUAUUGGUUAAAAUGUUAGUGGACGAUGUGGAAAGGGCAUGUUAAAUACUAUUUCUCCAGUUUGGCAAUUCUAUGGAACAUCUUUUUUUUGGUUAGCACUAUGGGUACCGUAUUUGAUUGCAUUUUGAUGGCCUUAUAAUUGUCCUGGUUCCAACCAGCUAUUUAUCUUUCCGUAAUAUUCCUAACGGCUUUAUGUAAACAUAUUUGUAUUGAUCUGGCAAUGUGGUUCAGCCUUGCCCUCAAACAUCACUAUGAAGCAGAAUUUGAUGAGAUUCUUAAGAAUGUUGUUUGUUUCCCUAUGUACUUCUAGAGAUAUUUGAAACUUACUUUUCUGCAGAUUCUAGAAUUCUUUCAUGUGAGAAGGGCCACUUGAUACUUUUCUAAUCUAGCAAUGUUGCUAAAGCAAACGUAUUUGUGUGAGAAAAACGAAAAACAGCUUACUCAGACCCCAUUUAGUAAAACGUUGGACUUUGCGUAUCCAACAACAAAUAGCCAGAUAAUAUCUUGCAGUCAUUGAAGAUUUUCCUGUUCUGUCUUUUCUGGUUUGCUACCAGUUUCGAUUCAAGCUGAUUCUUGCAUGUUUUCGUCUAGUAUCUCAAUGGCAAUUUCUGUCAUGAUGGAACUGCAUUCUUCUUAUCUAUUUCCGCUUCUCAUACUCAGUAAUUCCUUAAGUGCACCAAGCCAAUAAACUUUUUUAAACAGGAGCUACAUUAUUAUCUCAUGGGUAGAUUGUAGACCAAGAGGCGAGAAGAGUGCGGAAGAGUGGGCUAAAAGGAUGAGGUUAAUGAUUUAGAGAAGCAUGAUGGUGUGUUGAUUUGUAGAGAACAAUACAUUAGAAUGAAAGGGAAAUGGAAUGAUCUUAGAGGAAAACUUUUACGCUUACCCUUAACUGAGUCACCAUAAAUUAUACGUGAAUCAGUGAAUGGCUAGGCAAUAUUCUGGUACCUUUUUAAGUAUUAUCUUCUUGUGCUUCUUUUUAGUAGCUUUUGUUUGUUGAUUUCUGAUUUAAGAAGUUACAACUGUACCUUUGGCUGGAAAACAAGGAAGUGUUGGCCGAACAGUGUUAAUCAUCGAGCACACUCGUAUAAUUGUUUCCAUCAGUGCCCUAACCUUUUCUUGAUGCGUACAUAUCUAAUAUUAAAUUUUGAUUCUAUUCACGAACUUGUCAGAUGGGUGAAGUAGCCAAGGACUUAACUGCUGGUACUGUUGGAGGGGCUGCACAGUUGAUUGUUGGGCACCCCUUUGACACUAUCAAAGUGAAGCUCCAGAGCCAGCCAGUUCCCCUUCCCGGCCAACCUCCCAGGUACUCAGGGGCCAUGGAUGCUGUCAGACAAACCCUUGCAGCUGAAGGCCCUAGAGGUUUAUACAAAGGUAUGGGAGCUCCACUUGCCACCGUAGCAGCCUUCAAUGCUGUUCUCUUCUCUGUAAGGGGGCAAAUGGAAACUCUGGUGAGAUCUGAACCAGGAGUACCACUUAGUGUGAACCAGCAAGUAGUUUGUGGGGCUGGAGCUGGAAUUGCCGUUUCAUUCCUUGCCUGCCCCACGGAGUUGAUAAAAUGCAGGUUGCAAGCCCAAAGUGCACUAGCAGGUACAGGCCCUGCUGCCGUCGCAGUCAAAUACGGAGGGCCAAUGGAUGUGGCAAGACAUGUUGUGCAGUCAGCUGGUGUGUCAGGUUUGUUCAAGGGUUUAGGUCCGACAUUGGCACGUGAAGUACCAGGAAAUGCUGUAAUGUUUGGUGUUUAUGAACUGAUAAAACAGCGAAUGGCUGGAGGCCAAGACACAUCUAGCCUUGGAAGAGGAUCUCUUAUGCUUGCAGGAGGCUUAGCUGGUGGUUCUUUCUGGAUGUCUGUCUACCCAACCGACGUUGUGAAGAGCGUAAUUCAAGUAGAUGACCACAAAAAUCCCAAGUAUUCAGGUAGUUUCGAUGCUUUCAGAAAGAUCUUGAAAGCUGAGGGUGUCAAAGGUCUGUACAAAGGAUUUGGACCUGCCAUGGCCCGAAGUGUCCCAGCGAACGCAGCUUGCUUCUUGGCAUAUGAAGUUACGAAAGCUAGUUUAGGUUGAUUAUUUUCAUCAAUCAAAGAACAAAAAGGUGUUUAGGUGAUUUAUCUGAUGAUUCUUCAUUUCACAUUGUCAGACAAUUCUUUUGGCAAUCAACGAGUGUGAUGUGCCAGAAACUUAAUGAUUUAACUAGUUGAUGGGUUGAUUAUCUGCUGUUCUCUAGUAUGCCUUUGAAAAGGAUUAAAGGAAGGCAAGCAAAGAACAGGGGUUAUUUGAUUUGAUACUUGAGAUGACCAUCCUCUGAUCCUUAUACUUGAAAAGUUUCAUUAACAUUGCUGUUCUUAGUUGCUUCACAGUGAUAUAAGAACUAACCAUUUAUCUGCACCUGUCCUGUCAAUGGCUCAAUGCCAUUCUUUUUACAGAAAGUGAAAGCACAUCCCGUAUCUCGCUUAGUGGGU